GUGAGGUUUGUUUUAAGUUAUGGACCAUGGAGGAAAAACCGAAACGCCAAUGCUCCUGCCGUUUGGCCGUUAACAACGAAUCUGGGCGCGUGCAAUGGUGCGUCGGCAAGCAAAAUGUUUGGUCAAACUUACUUAAACGUUUAGUGUUUGUGCCCAUUGUUUUACUGACAGUUGCUUUAGUUAUUUACCUCAUUACCAAAGCAGGCGUUUCCGCAGAAAUAAUAAUACAAGAAAAUGAUCUAUAUGAGGCGGAAAUAUUGGAAGAAAAAAGGGACAUAUUGCAUGGAGUCAAGACGGAAUAUAUACCAAAUUAUGGAUUUAUCAGCAAAAAUGACUCCAUUAAGAGAAAAAGAAGAUUUUCGGAAACCGACAUAGAUGAAGUUCUGAUAACCUACAACGUACCAGAAGAGAUGUCGUGGAAAACCCCCUAUGACAAAAAGACCGAGAGACCAUUUUUCUUUAAACACCAAAUAAAGAAAGGUGAGAUUAGGAAACUUCAAAGUGGCAUAAUGAAAAAGUUAAUGAAUCUGGACAUAAACCCGUGCGAAGAUUUCUAUGGGUAUGCUUGCGGCAAUUGGGAUAACCAUUUUGAGAUACCACCGGAUAGAGCUGCAUAUGAUACAUUCGAGAUGGUUAGAGAAAAUGUGGAUUAUGUCAUCAAAGAAAUUUUGGACGACGUGGAAGUUCCUUCCAUAACACAAGAUUUCGAUAAAAAAUACAAAAAUAAAAUUGAGGAUUAUAUUUUUCACGACGAAGAACCGUAUGUGCCCACAAGUGCCGUUGUUAAGGCCAAGUAUUUAUAUGAGUCUUGUAUGAAUCAAGACGCUAUUGAAGAACGUAGAGAGGAACCCCUGCUAAAAAUGAUAAGGCAUUUAGGCGGUUGGCCUAUUAUUGACGAAAAUUGGGACGAAUCAAGUUUCGACUUAAUUUCGCUUUUAGGGCGAUUACGUCUUCUCAACAAUGACGUAUUGAUAUCCGAAUGGAUUGGUCUCGACAUGAAGAACUCAAACGAAUACAUAAUACAUAUUGACCAGCCCUCAUUGGGAUUACCGUCACGUGAAUAUUUUAUCGAUCCGGCAUUUUCCAAAUAUUUGGAAGCUUACAAAAAAUUUAUUCAAGACAUUGCUUUGUUGUUAACCGAUACUGAUAUUAUUCUGGAAAACUACGUGGAGGAAAUUGUCCAAUUCGAAAUUGAUUUAGCUUCUAUAAUGUCAUCAAAUGAAGCCAGAAAAAAUAUUCUAAAUCUAUACUUGCGUACUGAUAUACAAACUUUACCACUAUACUAUGCAGAGUUUGAUUGGGAAAAAUACUUCCAAAUGGUGCUGGGCAAAAAAAUAACGCCCGUUUACCCAGUGGCAGUAUACUGCUCCGAAUACCUGCAAAAACUGGUUUACAUAAUCAGUAUAACUCCGCCAAGAAUUUUGCAGAAUUACGUACUUUGGAGGUUUAUAAAAAAUCGCGCCAGCAAUUUGGAUGGCAGAUUUUCUGCGGCAAAACAAAAAUUCUAUCAAGUUUUAUUUGGAAAAGAAAAAGACCCACCUCGUUGGACUUUCUGCGUCUCCCAAGUUAACGGCAAAAUGGGCAUGGCGGUUGGUUCUUUGUUCGUCAAAAAAUAUUUUGACAAAAAUAGCAGAAACGAUACGACUGAAAUGACAGAAUUUCUUGAAACCGCAUUCAGAAAUAUCCUUCUGGAAAACACUUGGUUAGACGAUGAAACCAAACAAUACGCCCACAUGAAAAUUAAUGAAAUGGACUUGAAAAUAGGCUUUCCAGAUUUUAUUUUAAACGAUAAAGAACUAUCAAACAACUAUAAUGACGUUAUAAUACAUCCAGAGUAUUUCUUCGAAAACACUUUAAUCAUAUUAAGACAUCUUACCCGAUUUGAUGAACAAAAAGUUGGAAAUGUCGUAAAUAAAACUCACUGGGUGACAUAUCCAGCCGUGGUGAACGCUUAUUACAGCAGAAAUAAAAACCAAAUACUUUUUCCCGCAGGAAUGCUUCAGCCACCGUUCUACCAUCGUCAUUUCCCCAAAGCCCUAAAUUUUGGCGGCAUCGGUGUCGUGAUAGGACACGAGAUCACGCAUGGUUUUGAUGAUAAGGGCAGGCUUUACGAUCAUCAAGGUAACAUACAUUUAUGGUGGGGUGAUGACGCGAUUAAAAAUUUUUACGAAAAGGCUGAAUGUUUGGUCAAACAAUACGGCAAAUAUAUUUUGCCCGAGGUCAACCUUCCCAUUGACGGUUAUUUGACGCAAGGAGAAAAUAUUGCCGAUAAUGGUGGUCUCAAGCAAGCUUUCAGGGCUUAUAAAACUUGGCUGGAUGAAAAUUUGGAACACACAGAAGAUGAAUUCUUACCAGAGAUGUCUUUAAAUGGGGAACAAUUGUUUUUUCUUAAUUUUGCUCAAGUUUGGUGCGGGAGACAAAGAUACGAGACGGCUAAAAGUAGAAUAAAAACAUCGGUACACGCACCUGGAAUUUUCCGAGUAAUUGGACCCAUAAGUAAUUCCGAGGAUUUCGCAAAGGCUUUUAAUUGCCCCCUAAAUUCAACAAUGAAUCCACAAAAUAAAUGUAUUAUUUGGUAAUAAC